AUGGCCGGAACAAAACGAUCAAUCGAUUCUAGUGACAAGGGGCCCAGCAAAAAAACUAAAUUCACAACCACAAAGUCGCCGCCUGGCAAGCCUCAAGCCUCGAGCAAUGAUGUAGCCGCAGAUACAGAGCCGCAGUCCAAGGCGAAAGCCACAUACCGGCCCGAGGUGUAUAAAAAGCCCGUUAAACCUGACGCCUAUCUCGGUGAAGCUACAGGCUCUACAUCUCGCGAAGCCCAUGCAAAGCAGAAACAGCUUACCUCCGAACGGAAGGCCGCGAGGCCCAAUGCCGACUCGAUCUACCGGUCAAAGAAGAUCUGGGAGCGUCUGCGCCGGAAGUCGCAUGUUCCCAAAGACGAGCGGGACCAAUUGGUCAAGGAACUGUUUGAGAUCAUAUCUGGGAGGGUUGCAGAAUUUGUGUUUAAACAUGACUCUGUUCGUGUCAUUCAAUGUGCGGUCAAAUACGCUACGCCCGUACAGAAGAAACAGAUUGUCCUCGAAUUGAAAGGGCGGUAUAGGGAACUUGCCGAGUCCAAGUAUGCCAAAUUUCUGAUCGCAAAAAUGGUUACGGAUGAUGAUGAGGUUCGGGAUGCGGUCGUUGAAGAGUUCUAUGGUCAUGUCAAGCGACUGAUUAGACAUCCAGAGGCAAGCUGGAUCGUCGAUGAUAUCUAUCGCACGAUAGCCAGUAAGCGACAAAAGGCAAUCAUGUUGCGCGAGUGGUAUGGGCCCGAAUUUGUUGUCUUCGCCAAGGCUCAGGGUAAGGACAAGAAUGAGUCUGAGAAAGUUCCUGGAGAUCUAUCGGAGAUUUUGGCACAGAAUCCAGAGAAAAGAAAUCCGAUCAUGCAACAUUUGAAGGAGAUGACGAAUCAACUCGUGCAAAAGAAAACAACCGGGUUCACGAUUCUCCACGAUGCUAUGCUACAAUAUUUCCUGAAUUGCAAACCGAACAGUCCCGAGGUCACCGAAUUCCUUGAGAUGUUGCGAGAUGAUGAGGAAGGCGACUGUUACAAAAAUUUGGCGUUCACCAAAUCAGGGUCACGCCUCGUCUGUCUGGCGCUCGCUUAUGGCAGUUCCAAGGACAGACGGACCAUUCUCAAGUUCUUCAAGACGCACAUCAAGUUGCUGGCGUCUGAUCUGUAUGGUCAUCAAGUGUUACUGACAGCAUACGAUACCAUCGACGACACCGUCAUGUCUGGCAAGGCCAUCUUUCCAGAACUACUCAACAAAGACGUGGAGAGCGAAGCAAAAGAGCAGGAGUUGAUGGCUCAAACAGAACACCUCACCGCUCGCAUCCCGCUUCUUUAUCUCAUGUCCCCCGAAGCACCAAAAUGGCUUAUAACAGACGACACUGCGGCCAUCAUUAAAGAGAUUCGUGAAAUCCGCACUGAAACCUCGAAGAAGGAUCCGGAGACGCGACGCACUGAACUUUUGAAGUCAAUCUCCCAACCACUACUUGACUUGAUUGCGUCUCAAGCCCAGGUUCUCAUACAAUCAAGCUUCGGAUGCCAAUUUGUCACUGAAGUUGUACUAGGGGGCAUUGGGGAUGCACAGCCUGCCUUGGCUUCGCUCGCGAAGAUAGCAAGUGACGAGAAUGAGGAAACUGUUCAAGCCCUCUCGACACCCGCAGUUGGCAGAAUGCUCAAAUCUCUCGUUCAAGGCGGCAGAUUCGACAAGGCCACAAAAAGCAUUGUCAAGACUGAACCACCACUGAACUUCCACGAGCUUCUUUACGAGGAGAUCAACGGGCGUGGAGACGAAGAAAUUGUGAGCUGGGCCAAUGGACCCAACUCAUUCGUUGUUGUGGCUAUGCUUGAAGCACAGGAAUUUGCAAAGCAAGAGGAAUUGUUGACGAGGUUAUCAGAGAAGAAAUCUGCCUUGGAUUCAGAGGUAGCAGGUGCCAGGAUUAUUCUGGAAAAACUUGGAGGCCAAGGAAACCACGAGAAGUCCAAGGCAAGGAAGAGUGACGCUGAAGAGCAAGCGCCAGGAAAGCCAUCCAAAAAAUCGAAGAAACGAGCUUGA